AUGAUAUGGAUGCCGGCUGCGGUGUUGGCUGUACGCUAUCCAGCUGAUCAGUCGAAACCCCUGGGAUUUGUGGCGUUCGCUUUCAUGCUCAUCGUGAUGAGCAUCAACACGGUGCACGUGCUCUCGAACGGGACGCGUAUCGUGGAACCGACUGAACAACAACCUCUAGACACUUUCGAUGAGGGAACUUUUGCUUUUGAUGCUUUUGAUGAGUUUGGAAAUGCGAUCGUGCCACUCAGCAAUGAUGGGAAUCACUCAAAUGAAAGCAUUGACUCUUCCAACAUCGACGCUGCUGCUGCUGCUAAUAAACAAAAUUCUAAAAGAAAA